AUGGCGACCCAACAAAAUUUCGAGCAGCCUGUUCAGAGGAGCGGCGAGUCCGCCCUGUCACUAAGCAUCGGCCCGUCAACGCCCUUGCCAGAGCCCCAAGCAGCACCAUGGGGAGCAAAGUGGCGGAGUUCUUCCUGGUUCAUCACUCUAGUGGUGGCUCUCGGUACAUCGACCGACAUCUUGACAUAUACCAUCGUUGUACCCGUCCUGCCGUAUCGAUUACAAGAAAUGGGAUACACCAAUGUGUCUGGCCUGACUGCCUGGCUUCUAUUCGCCUACUCUGCCGGCAUAUUCGUCUUCACCUUCCCAAUCGCCUAUUUUUUCCACAGACACCCGUACCGCCGAGCGCCUCUGGUUGCUGCAGUCAUAGUAUUGGAGCUUUCACUGGUGCUUUUCAUGCUAGCCAAGCCUUACUGGACUAUGGUCGUCAGCAGAUUCUUGCAAGGCGCCGCCUCAACGGUCGUAUGGUCGGUUGGCUUUGCUCUAAUAUGUGAGAAUGUCGAAGAGGAGAACGUUGGCCGACAAAUAGGGUUCGCGAUGGCCGGUGUGUCAAUUGGCUCGACUAUCGCUCCGCCUAUAGGAGGCGCAUUAUACGACAGCUUGGGCUGGCAUGCCCCCUUCGUCUUUUGUAUCAUUGUCUGCGCAAUCGAUCUCAUCCUUCGACUUUUUGUCUUGGAGAGAGCAGACAUUCGCAGAUUUCAUGAAAAGCGACUUGGUCUGGAAGCUGGCGCUUUGAAACCAAGGAUUGUCGAUGGAGAGGUUGUCACACCCAAACAUGUGUCACUUCCGGACAACAGCUUUAUGCAGUUGACAACGGCCGAGAAGGAAAAGCUUUCUGGCGUUGAACUCACCCCGUGGCAAGUACUCGUUGCGCUGGGUCGCUCAGGCAGGGGCAUGACCUCGUUAUUGACAAUGUUUUGCUAUGGCUUGAUUAUGGGAUCCACUGAACCUACAUUGACCCUUCGAGUUCAGAGCCUGUGGGACAAAAGCUCGGACUUCGUUGGUCUAGUAUAUCUAGCCGCAGCUGCCCCCACCUUCUUCUGCGGCCCAAUAGUAGGCGCGCUUGCAGACAAAUAUGGGGCAGAAUGGAUCAUGGUACCCUCCAUGAUUUUCACCCUCCCUUGGCUACCUCUACUCUUAUUAAAGAAGAGCUUGGCCGGCUUUAUUGUCUUCUUUGCCUUUGCCAAUCUCUGGGUCAGUGCUGCCAUGUCUCCGACAGGUCUUGAAGUCACGAUGGUCUCCAGGAGCGUUCCAGGCAUCAGCGAAAUACACCAAUUCUCUGCCAUGAACAUUGCUUUUGCUAUCUCCACUGCGAUCGGCACUAUCGCCGGCGGACAGAUGUACGAUCACCUCCAGAAUGGAUGGGCAGCCGUCAUUUGGUUUUCGUUUGCUUCGGCGGUUGCCAUAAUACCCCUGCAGUUCUUCUUUUCAGGCAACAUCUCCCUAUAUAGGAGGCUGUUUGACCGCAAGGCGGUAAGGGAGAGUGACAUAGAGGAGAGGGAUAGUGCGGCCAACGAUGGGGGUCGAGACAAGGAGGUGGCGAACGGGCAACUGUCGCCUUAA